AUGGUCUCCCGCUCUAUCCUCAUGGCCCUGCGCCUCGCGCAAUUCAUUUGUGCGGCCGUGGUCCUAGGUCUGACAUCUUACUUCCUCCACCUGGAGCACAAGCACAGCAUCGGCCCCUUUGGACGUCUCUACAGCGCCAUCAUAGCCGCCGUGUCGCUGGCUACGGCUCUCUUCUGGCUCGUUCCCAGCACGGCCAUUCCCCUCGCCCACGUCAUCGCAGACCUCUUGUUCUGCGGCGCGUGGUUCGCCGUCUUCGGCCUGCUUCAGGACUGGUACGCCGAUGCCAUGCACUGCGGCAGCACGUGGGACUGGGACGAAAUGAGCCUGAGAAACGGACUGUGUGGAAAGUGGAAUGCCGCGCAGGCUUUUGCUUUCAUGGCCGCUAUCUUGUGGUUCAUUAGCUUCAUCAUGGGUGUCUUGGCGUGGAAGCGGCAUGGUGCGACGUCUGCUCGUGGUCCUACUGCUGCGGCUGGUGGUGGCACUGCGGCUCCAGCCACGACGACAGGAAGAAAGCGAUGGUUCGGUCCUUCGCGUGUCUAGAUGCAGCGAGCAUUCUCGGCAGUAGUGGACAGGCGUCAGCAGCUCUCCGGAAACAAGUCGAGACAUGAGCCUGAGCAUGAAGCGUGGUUUACGUGGCAGCGGCUUGGAGGUCCUUGAUUCAACAUGCUAAAUUCGGUUACAUGCUUUGGCAGAUUGGUCAGGGCCUGCGUGUGAAGGGAUUGACCGUGUUCCCUUUACAGGAUACAACACAUCAUACUAAGCUUACUUGGUCGAGAAAUAUCAAGGGGGACUGGCUCGUGUUCCUGUCCGGCCGCAGACAGACAUAGUGCAAAACACCAAUACUUUUCUUUCUU